GAGUUUCACUUCGUCACGUAAAUUUGACGUGUUCUGUAAUUGUCUAUUUUGCGAUAUCAAACGCAGCUACUGCAACCUUACACAUGACUAUUCCUGAUCUCAAGAUCGACACUUUCUGUGAUUUCUUCCAAUACAAAGCUGAUAUGCAAUUUAACGAAAGAACUAUUCAUGUCACCGAUAUUCCUCUACAAAUGAAACCUGCCAAUAUCAAACAAGUUUUCGCUAAAUAUGAAACUGUUACCAACUUUAAAAUGACAGUAAAAAGUAUAUGGCAACAUGCCUACAUUACUUAUGAAAACCCUAAAUGUAUUGAAUUAUUUUAUCAAGUGUGGAGUCAUUUUCUCCAGAAUGAUUCU